AUGAGAGAAAUGGAGGAUAACACUCCCCCAACAGUCCCUCCAACAGCCAAGCAAAAGAGGAUUGCUGACUUUAACACAAACCAUUUCUCAGCUCUUGCCGAAAGUGAUAAUGUGGAAUUGAAUUCUACUUGCCAGGUUUGCCCUGCAUAUUGGUUUCUCCACAAGAACAAGUGCUAUUGGUGGCAGUCAGAUCAUCGUAUUAAAAACUGGAGUGACAGCAGAAAUGACUGCACAGCAAGGAAUUCUCACCUCCUGGUCAUCAAAGACAAGGAGGUCUUGGAUUUCUUAACCAAAUUCACCCAGGAUAAACAUUACCCAUACUGGAUUGGACUGUCUUUAUCACAGCCAGAGAACAAAUGGAUGUGGAUUACAGGCUCCCAAAUGGACAGGAAUAUAACCCAAGAACCAAACCAUGACGAAGGACAAUAUUGUGGAGCAAUAAGGAACAGCAAAAUCCUAGCAGACAUCUGCAGCAUUGAAUUCAGGUGGAUUUGCCAGCAGGACACUAUCUUGAUAUGAUCUUGUAAGCUAGUACAUGAACUAAUGAUGAUGUUACUAAUAAUUUUGUUGUUUGCUAAAAACACAUCUGCACAAAAUAAAAGCACACCUACAAUGCAUCACUGUUUCUAUAAUAAUCACUCUAAAAGACAUUGAUGAAUUCAUUAUAUGAAUAUUCAUUUCAGGAACAACACCCAAGCUUCCCCCUGACAGUUCCAACUAUGGUCCUGGUUGUGGGUCAGAUUUCAGGCUUUUGUGAGGUGAAGUAGUACUGGCACCCCACUUGCUUUCUAUAUUGUUAAAGCAACAGCUAUUGUGGAAAUAAUCUAAUUUGAAAGUAUGUGCAAAUCACACCUGUAUGGCUUGUGGACAGGUCUCCUUUAGAUACCCUUGUGUACCCUGAGAGUCCUUGGUUGGGAAGGUUUCACUUACAGGGCUUCUUGAGGCAUUUGACAGGAAGUUUUCAAAUUAUAUCAUUUAUUUAUCUGUACUAAGAUUUUUUUUAAGCAAUAGAAAGCAAGAAGUAGCACAAUCACUAAUAUAAUGAGUUACUUUCCCAGCAUUGUAAUGAACAAUAACGAUAAUAUGUUACUUUCAAACACUGAAACAAGCAACAAUAAUAACAGCAAUUUUUGAAGCUCUGCAAGUUCUUGUGAAUUCAGGACUAAUAAAGAAUUUAGGUCAAUAAGUCAAACGAAAACUGAGGGGGAGAGGAUAAGGAUAAACCAGUAUAUUCUGCAUCUCAAGAGUAUCUGCUAGAAAAGCUAAGCUGUCCUUCCAUUUGUUCCUGGGUUUAGGACUUGCGAAAUCAGACAUAUUUUGAUGUGAAUUUGGUAUUGCCUGUAUUCUUGCUUUUUUGCCUCAGGUUGGCCAAUGUUUAUACAGCUGUUCACUUCCAAAAAUUCAAGUGGAUAUAAAAGAUCAGGAAAAAUGGUUGGAUAUAACAGGUUUUAAAAUAGAUAAAAAGGUGAAGUAUCUUGGUGUCACGUUGAGAAAUUAAAAUUGUUUAAUGUUCCACAAUAACAAUCAAACUUUAUGGAUAUUUAUUUUAAAAGACUUAUUGCAGUGGAUAACUUACAAUUGUCAUUAUUGGGCAGAAUCUCUGUGAUAAAAAUGAAUGUACUUCCAAGAAUUCUGGGGUGUUUAUUUUUUAACAAACAAUAUGUGUAAUAGUGACAGAUAAACCAAUUAAAAAUUCCAAAAAAAACCCAAAACAAAACAAAGUUUGUAUGGCAAGGAAAGAAGCAAAUAAUUAAAUUUAAGGUGUUGCAAGACGCAAAAGAAUGGGGUAGAUAAGUGCAUCUGAUCUGAAACUUUACUUUGCCACUUGCUGUUUAGUUUGGAUAAAAUACUAGGUUUUGUUGAGGAUGUUAACACUGGAGGGAGAUGAUCUGAGAUUUUGUUUGCAUGGUUACAUGUGGUAUAAAAAAGUGAAAGUGUGUCUGGAUUUUAAAAAUCAUUAUGUUAGACCUGCUCUAUUACGAAUAUGGGAGAGAUAUAGAUUAGUCUUGUGCCCAAAGAUGCCAAU